AUGAAUAUAACGGACGGAGAUCUUAUCCUGGUCAAUCGUUUGGUCAGCUGGCUGCAUUGGGCAGUGUUCUUCCCAGUCACUGUUUUAACGAUCUAUUUUUUCUACCGAUUGAGGAGCGCGAAGCGGGUUCAUCCCAACUUUAGGCUGGUUUUGGUAUGUUGAUAGGGAAUAGUCCAAUAAAAUCUUGGAUGGCAUUCUGUUUCUAACAACGGAAAUACCAAAAAAUAAAUCGAUAUUUUUGUCACAUCAACGUCUCGCCUUUUCACAGUCGCGCAUCAACCCUCCACCGGGGGCCGAUGGGCUAACUAAAUCUUAGCUUCGGACAGCUCUCCGCGGAGAGAUUCGAACGCUUUUUCCGAGCUGCGCCCUAUCUUUUUUUCAGAUAAUUUGUAGAAAACUCUCAGUUAACGCAUUGGCCUCCGGCACAAAUCAAUGAUCCGAUGCCAAGGAACGACAAAACAACAUUAUUUUCCCAACAGACUGACACUCAAAGUGGGGCUCUCAGUUUUUGAUACAAAUCGGCACAAAAUUAGAAUAGUUUUUUGUUUAUGAUAUAUGUGGGAUUCCUAGCUUUUGCAGGAAUGACCGAGAUUUUUAUUAUAGAUGGAAAGUUGUAAAAAGCAUGACAGUUUUUCGCGAAUUUUGGCAUGAAAAGAAAAAAAUAAUAUGCCUAUUUCAACCGUAGAGUAAAAAAUUUUUUAAGCGCAAAACUGACGAAGAUAUGUAUAGCCAAAUAAGUGUUUUUUCUCUGUCCGCUCUCCGCAUUUCACGUACUCUCUCUGCCGCAAAGAUCGUUGAAUAUCUCGGCUGCGCCUGCAAAGCGCGAGCUAAAACUUUUAGGAAUUGAUAUGUCACCUAUGCGUUAACUGUAUGCAAAAUUUAAAGAAAAUCUGAGCGUCGCACAUAGAGCACUUCCCUUGUAAACCUCAACCCCUAAAAUCAAAGAUUUUAGGCGUGCGCAGCUGGAUCAUUCAUAACUUAUAGUGCGAGCAGGCUAAUCAUCCAUUUCAUUCUCGAUCUCACUCAACACAUCGACGAACGCUUUUAUAUCAACCUCACAUGCGCAAUAAUAAGUACGAUACACUUGAUCACAAUGAUGAGUUCGGCGUUAUGCUUGAACAUGCUGGCAGUGGAGCAACAUUUGGCAACCAUAUGGGUGGAAACUUACGAAGAGCGGACUUAUCGAGUUGGGCUGAUUUUAUUGUUAAUUGUGGUAAGUCUGUCGAUAAAAUGCAGCCGAUUUUUUGACAUGAAGUUCUGCUGGUAAUGGUCAAGAGCAGUUGUAAGCAUUAGAAUGGGGGACCUGAUCCAGUGGCAAAAUUUUGAUACUUACCGUUGCAUCCGGUAAGUAUCAAAAAUUUGGCAAAAUGCUUCCCUCUUCAAGUGAAAAAACUCCGAUUUUAAAAGCGCGCCCGCUCUUUAUGUGAGGGAAAGGGAGCGCCUUUCAAAACGAAGUUUUUUUUCACUUGGAGAGGGAAGUAUUUUGCCACAUUUUUGAUGCUUCCCGAAAGCAGAAUGGUACGUCUUUUGCCACUGGACCAGGGCCGUCACUGCAUUAAUUUUACUUUUGUUUCUUUCUUUUACUUUCAGAUAGUUCAAUCAGUUCCAACGGGCUCUUUACUCAAUUGGUAUUAUACACUGCAAGAUUACGAUUUUUAUAAAACUAAAACCACCUGCAUCCCGAUCGAAAUGCAUUGGGAGUUGGCGUGGCUGGGAUUUUCGAUCAGCGCCGUCAGCUGCAUGGGCUGCUCACUUGUAAGUGUACGGGAUUAUAGACGCAACAAAGAGUGCUGAUUAUUUUCCCGACUGGUAAUAAAAAAUAAGCGUCGUAUAAAAUGUCAUCGGCAGCCUGCAAAACCCCAAAAAGCUCAUACGACGGUCUUAUCAGACUGUCGGAAAAAUAAUGCGCACAAUGUCGCUGGGCCAAUAACUGAAGUGAAAAGUAAUUUUCCGCGACACAGUUUAUUUUCUCGGUGGCGAUGCGACAUUUUGAUGCGACAAAGUGCUCAUUAUUUUCCCGACAGGCUGGUAAUGUUCUUGGCAUGCGACUCUUUUACAUUUAGACGACAAUUUCUCAAAAGUGCUGUCGGUUUGGAAAAAACCAAAUUUUAAUUUUUUGCAUUGAAAGUCGUUAAUUUUGGUCGCUGAAAAAAUGAAUUGUGUCGCGGCAAAAAAAAGGAAAAAUUGCGUUUCACUUCAGCGAUCUGAUCAGCGACAUUGUGUCUCAGUAUUUUCCCGACAAACUUAUUAGACCGUCGUAUGACUUUUCUUGGAGUCUUGCAGGCUGCCGAUGACAUUUUAUACGAUGCACAUUUUGUAUUAUCAAUCUGUGGCAAAAUCAAAUUUCUUUUCUCUUCAGCGACACGAUCCGACAUUGUGUUCGUUAUUUUUCCGACAAACCGAUACUAUACACUUUCAGUGGCUAAUCGGUCUCCACAAGUACAAUAUCGCCAGAACAAAGGAUCGUCUUUCAAUGAAGACCCUUAGUGCUCGGUUCCAACAAACAGAGAACGAGAACUCCAAUAAAUCGAUAGCCCCAUCAAUCAUCGGCUACAUGAUUCUCGCAUUUAUCGGGAUGUUCCUGUCCGAGGUCAGACGUCGGAUCGUUGUGGCGAAUGGAAAGGAGACCCCGGCGUCGGAGUUGGUUACACGUAUCGGCUAUAUGGUAGUGGAUUGUUAUGCGGUUUAUCAUAUGACCUGCUUUAUGUACUUCAAUAAUGCGAUGCGAAGUUUGGUUCGGCAAGACAUCGCACGCUUUUUCGGCGCCAAAACGGCCGAUUAUUGCUGCAGCCUUGAGUCCGUACAUCCCGAAUCUCAAGCCCUACAGACGGAGGCGUACUUCAACCAGUUCAAGUCUGCGUGGGGUUAA